CUGAAAGAAGAGAUCAAGAUCCAUAGAUAAGGAACGAGAUCUGCAAGAUGCUAGCACAUCAGUGAUCUCGAUGCUUCAAUCAGAUGGCUCCGUAUAGAUACCAGCAGAGGUCGGACACGUACGCGGCUACGAUCAGAAUCCAGGACAUCUGCAGGAUCUGAGAGCUCUCUGUCUCUCCUGUAGAAGUUGAUGAGCCUUCACGUGCCUUCCCUGAGCAUGAUGGCAGAUAGCAACACGAUGGAAGCCCAUGGAUCUACAAACCAUUCUUCAGUGCCAUGCGGUGGUGAUAGAACCAUUCGCUUCCUUGCAAAUUUUCACCCUACAAUUUGGGGCGAUUACUUUAUUGAAAAUUAUCCAUUACCUUCGAAUCUUCAGAAGUCAGAGGCAUGUAUUGAGAAAAGGAGGGAAGAGUUAAAAGUGGAAGUAAUGAACUUGUUAAAAAAUGCUAAUGAUUAUUUACAAGAGAUGGAAUUAAUUGAUAUACUUCAACGUCUGGGUGUGGCAUAUCACUUUGAAAAGAAAAUAGAUGAGAUACUAAGCCAAAUUUUUAAAAAGCAUAUGGAGGAUGAUGAUUUGCAUGCUGUUGCUCUUCGCUUUCGACUCUUGAGACAACAUGGCUACAAUAUGCCUGCAGAUGUUUUUAUCAAGUUCAAAGAAGUUGAUGGAAGUUUCAAGGCUACCUUAAGAAAUGAUGUGAAGGGUCUGUUAAGUCUAUAUGAAGCUGCGUAUCUUGGUAUCCCAGAAGAUAAUCUAUUAGAUGAAGCACUGAAUUUUGCAAAAUUACAUCUCAAGUCCAUGGAAAGCCAUAUGAAAACCCCUCUUGCAGUACGAGUACUAGAUGCCUUUGAGUUGCCUUUACAUAGAAGAACAAGGAGGUUAGAGGCAAAGAAUUAUAUCUCCAUUUACCAACAAGAUGAUAGACGGAUUAAUGUGGUACUAGAGCUUGCAAAGUUGGAUUUUCAUAUACUGCAAUCAAUUCAUAGAGAAGAAGUUAGGAGCAUCUCUAUGUGGUGGAAAGCACUCGGCCUUGCAAAAAAGCUAACCUUCUGCAGAGAUAGAGUAGUCGAGGGUUAUUUUUGGAUUCUUGGGGUAUAUUUUGAGCCUCAUUAUUCUAGAGCACGAAUUUAUCUGACAAAGGUGCUUGCUUUACUUUCAAUCAUGGAUGAUAUCUAUGAUACUUAUGGCAUAGCACAGGAACUCCAAGCAUUUACUGAAGUCAUCCAAAGGUGGGACAUAGAGGCAGCGGAUCAGCUAGAUGAGGUCUAUAAACUCUACUUCUUUAAUCUAUAUAACGUAUUCAAAGAAUUUGAGGAUGAGCUCGCAAAGGAAGGAAAUUUCUAUAGAGUGGAAUAUCUUAAAGAAUCAGUCAAAGAAUUAUCAAGGGCUUAUCUUGAAGAAGUCAAAUGGAGGGACGAAGGUUACGUGCCGCCUCUUAAAGAAUAUCUGAAUGUUUCACAGAUCUCCAGUGUCCUUGUUGCAUUAUCCUGUGCUUCUUUUGUUGGCAUGGGAGAAGAAGCAACAAAAGAGGCAUUCGAUUGGGUUACAAGCUUCCCAAGAAUCAUAAAGUCUAGUUGCUUAAUCGGCCGGCUCUUGGAUGAUGUUGCAUCCAAUGAGUUUGAACAUGAGAGGAAGCAUGUCUCGUCGGCAGUCCAUUGCUACAUCAAAGAGCAUGGCACUUCAGUGCAAGAGGCAUAUGAGAAGCUGCGGGGAAUGAUUGAAGACGAAUGGAAAAUUAUGAAUCAAGAGUAUCUUUGUAUGACUACCAUGCCAAUGUCUUUGAUCAGGCCAAUCAUCAACCUCACACGAAUGGCAGAAACCGUAUACAAGAAGUGUGAUUCAUACACGCACUCUUCAUCUAUGAUGAAAGAUUAUAUCAUCUCGUUGCUGGUCGAGCCCAUUUCGUUCUGAGAAGGCUAUAUUAAAGAUCAUAUCAGCUUUCUUAUAUGUUCGCCUAUCUAUCUACUACAUUGUUGUUUUGGAUUUUCCUAUUGUUGGUCAUUCUUGUGCGAGGGACAAUAAGUGCUGUGUUUCCAUAUCUAUUCUUGGUACCUUAUAGUGUGUGUAAUCCUCUAAAACACAUUGUCAUUGUCAUAUGAGCGAGUUAGUUCUUGAUAAAGUUGUAUGACUUUAUUAUUUAAUCAUCUUGACCAUGGCAACAACUUAGCAAAAAAUAUUAUGGGUUUUCUU